UCCAGUGAUACAGAUGAGAGUGAUUCUUACGGUGUCAUAAGUUCGAUGUUCAUCAAUAGUGUGAAAGAGGAAGCUGCUAAUGUCAUGGUCACCAUUCAAAAUAAAGUGCCAAAGGAAGCUGAUGAUGAAUCUCAUGCUGAGAGAGCAUUUGAGAGAGAGCUUCAUCGAGAGGAUGAUCUUGAGAAGCAUGCAAAUCCUGAAGGUGAAUCCGAGAUGGAUGAGGAAAACCUACUGGAGAGUGAGUCUCUGGAGGGGGAAGUGUUGCAGUGCAAUCUCGAGGAGGAAGAGCUCUUGUUGGAGGAAUUAUCAUCAGGCAGCUGCGUAGUAAACAAUGUAAUACAAUAAUACGCCAUCUUCUGUCACGGGAGUGGAACCAAACACACUGAUGCUGAACUUUAAGCCAAGAACAACAUGGACUAUUCUGAACAAAAAGGGGGAGGAGAAGAUUAGGAAUGAUCCGGAGGAGAAGUCUAAGGAGGAAAGGAAGAGUAUUCCCAAGAAGAAGAACAAGGAGCAGAAGCAGCAGCCAAGGAAAUCAAAGAUUCCUUUGGUAGAGAAGCAAGAAGUAUUAUACUUCGACGCUUUGAGCCGCAUUUGGACAAGAGGAAGGGUUCACAAAAGAAUCAGCCCUACAGUCUACAUAGUGGACUUUGGAGGCACUCACAAGAAGUGUCACAGAGAUCAGCUCAAGCCCUUCAUCAGGAAAGUUACCUUCGCUCCAACGUCACAUCUUCCACCUCAAAUAGACCACCCUAGAACACCUCCACCAGCAACACCGCCGCCGAAUACCGAUGGAGAUGAUCCAUUCGUUACACCACCACAAGGGAGUGUUACGGAACCACCGAAGAGGAAACGCAGGGGAGCGGUCUUACCUACAACACCGGUCAUUCGACGCAGUGAGCGAAUAAGAAAAAAAUUAAUAUUAUAAAAUUCAGAUUGCAUGCAUUUAAAGUCAAUAUUGUUAAAAUUUUGAAUUAUUUGGGCAAAAUCUUAAA